AUAGAUUGGAGAGCUCCCAGCCAAGGGAAGCUACUCUGGCAGCAGGCAGCUGCACAAGGAGGGCGUGAGGCGACGAUGGUCUGCAGACACUUCGCUUGACGACUAUGACUUUUCUCGAAACCGACACGCUUGGCCAAGAAAGAUUUUCGUUGCUGCUGUUGGAACCGGGAGAAAUCUAUUUCGAGGAUUUCAGUGUUUAUUUUUAUCCUGAUGGCUAUGUCGACAGCAGUUCGCCACCGACUGUUAACAAAGAACAAAGGGGUCACUUGAAAGUUUGUUCAAAGUCUGUUGUAUUUGUGCCAAAAGACAUACAGUGGCCUAUCUUAAAGUUUCCAAUGCAGAAUGUCAAAGUCAUUGAAGAGCACCAAGUGGGACUGCUGUCCAAGAUUGAUAAGAUUCUGAAAAUCACUUCAGAUCAAUGUGUGGAAAUGAAAAAGAACAACAUUAUUGCGCCCUUUGGUUUUAAAAAGGGCUUAGCAGACUAUUUUUUCCGCCUAAACUAUGCCACUCUGGAUGAUGCCCUCGGCCCUAUUUGUCAAAUUCACCGGGCCUCUACUCUUCCCCCUGCAGAACAGGCAGCUAUGAUCAGUGUCAUUGUGCUGUCUCGCCGAUCACGGGUCAAGUUCAACACUAGCUGGCUUGAAGAUUUGUAUGAGAAUAUCCUACUGGAGACACAGGCUGACCGUAUCACACCCCUUGCCACAAACCCUGGCCGCAUCAUGUUGACAUCAUCACGCCUCUACUUUCAGCCUUUCAACAACAUUGACCGUUGGCCUGUCCUGAAAAUCAGGAUCAAAGAUAUCCGGCAGAUCAUUCUUCGUCGAUUUCUUCUAAGACAGUUGGGCGUGGAGAUUGAGUGUUGUGACACUGCCCCUGUCACACACCUGUACCUGGCAAUGAAGACUGAAGCAGACCGCAAUGAGUUUUAUGAAAAAAUUACUCACCUUGAAGAACUACAGCUGGAAGAGAGGCGUCAGGAAGACAUGACAUUGAGAUGGCAAAGUGGCAUCACAUCAAACUACGACUAUCUGCUUUACCUCAACAGCAUGGCUGACCGAAGUUUCAAUGAUCUUACACAGUAUCCUGUGAUGCCAUGGGUGGUUCAGGAUUAUCACAGUUCACAAUUAGAUCUGGAUGAUGAAAGUACCUUCAGGGACCUCAGUAAGCCCAUAGGUGCUCUCAAUGAGGAGAGGCUGCAGAAAAUCAAGGAGCGUCUGCCAGACCUGCCAGAACCCAAGUUUUUGUAUGGAUCACAUUACUCCAAUCCUGGAUAUGUCCUCUUCUUCCUUGCUAGGAUCGCUCCAGAAUAUGUGCUGUGUCUUCAGAAUGGAAGGUUUGAUCAUCCAGACAGGAUGUUCAACAGCAUACAGGACACAUGGACUAACUGUCUGACUGGGGCUUCUGACUUCAAGGAGCUGAUUCCAGAAUUUUAUGCUGGCUCAGGAGAAUUUCUAGUGCAUAAUGGAGUGAUCAACUUUGGUUUUCGUAAUGAUGGCCGACCUGUAGGGGAUGUGUCCUUACCACCAUGGGCCUCAGAUCCUAAAGACUUCAUUUGCAAACUGCAAGAAGCACUGGAAUCAGAUUAUGUGUCCCGCCACCUUCACCUCUGGAUUGAUCUGAUCUUUGGCUACAAACAACAUGGGGAAGCAGCAAUGGAAGCUGACAAUGUCUUUCAUUAUCUGACCUAUGAAGGCUCAGUGGAUUUGCAAAGAAUCAAAGACCUAAACGAGAGGGCUUGCUUGGAAACUCAGAUCAUGGAGUUUGGACAGACACCAAAACAGCUUUUCACCUCUCCCCAUCCCCAGCGUUUGACAAGUGGACCCAUCCCACGACCCCUGGUGGCUCACAGCGUUUCAUUGCACAUUAAGCCUGAGGUGCAGGUGGUCAGCAAUGUGCACCUGGAGGGCGGAGAUGCUCCAUCACUCAUGCAGACAAACUUAUCUGUGGAUGUUGCUGAUAAACAGGAUGACAAAGAAGAAGGUACAGCUGUGAAUUUUAAGAAUUUUGACAGCCUAACACCACAGCUGGAGUAUACACUUCACAAAAACAUUGUAACAGCUGUUCAUAUGUCUGCAGAUGAGAAGAACAUCUUCUCAGUUUCUCACGAUGGUCUGCUAAAGAUGUAUUCACUAGAAGAACAGCGGCAGCUGAGGAGUGUCAACCUGUCCUCUAUGCCAUUGUCUUCAUGUGUGGUCAUGCCAGACAACAAAACCAUCAUUGCUGGCAGUUGGGAUAACAAUGUUUAUUUCUACAGCAUAGAGUAUGGCAGUGUGCAAGAAACUCUUCAGGCACAUGACGAUGCAGUAUCUUGCAUCAUGUGGAUGGAAAGGGUCCUCUAUACAGCAUCAUGGGAUGGAACUGUCAAGAUGUGGCAGCUGGAAGAAGAGCAGGAUUCAGUAACACACUCUGAAUACCUAGGCCAACUAGACCAUGAAGAUGGGGUGCUGUGCAUGGACACCCAAGCAUCCUGUCGGCGCUUGGUGACAGGGUCACGAGAUGGCCAUCUGGCUUUGUGGGACCUUGACCACUGCUACCUUGUCAGCAGCAUCUCUUUGCAUGAUGGGCCUAUAAAUGCUUGCUACAUGUGCCUUGAAAGUCGGCGUAUUGUGACUUGUGGGGCAGAUCGACUCCUAAAGGUCACAGACAUGGACACAAUGACAGAAAUGUUUGCAAAGGAUUUAACUCACCCAGUUCUCUGCAUAGGUGCACUGGGAAGUCUGUUAGUAACAGGCAAUGCAGCAGGUUUGCUACAGGUGUGGGAUAUGGAUGUAGGUCAAGUGGUGGCACAGCUGGAAGCGCACAAAGGUGGCAUCACAAGCAUCGACACAAGGGGAGUCCUACUGUCAGGAGGUGAAGACCGCUGCAUCAGACUGUGGAAACCUGGACCUUGACUUUGACCGAGGUGGGGACAGCGGGAUAUGUGUCCUUGACCUUAAGAUGCUGCAUUGUCGCAGUGAGGAAUGGAGUUCGAGGUGGCGGCAUGUUGCUUUAUGGCACAUUUAUAGUUUAUUUGCAUCUUGCAUCCUUUUGGGAUUUUUUUCCCCCAAUGUCCAUAUUUCAUUCUUUGCAUGGAUGCAAAAUGUUACAAAACACUCCAGUGGUCUUUCAUUCAACUGAUCGACUGAUUGCAAUUGCACACUAAGAGAGGAACCAGCAGUGCAUUUGUGCGGACGCAGCCAAAUAUUAUUGUUAUGCACAUAUUAGAUGAUGAUGUAGUGGACAUACUUUUGCCCUGCUCAAAAUGAUCACAAACUGUUGAGUAUUGAAAAGUAGCCAUUUCACAAGUUUGUAUUUUUGUUAACUGCAGGGCAGGGGGAGGGUGAGAGAAGAGCUGGUGCUUGUGUAACACAAGAAUGUGCAUCACUCCAAAGCUUUGGAGAGCCACAUAUCAGCCAUUGUUCUUGCUUGUCUGAAACAUUCCUUAGCAUCAUUGUUAACGUUGUUUGUGUGUUCAUUCCGUGCUUGCCAAAGAUUUGCCACAAUGUGGUAUUUUUUACUGGAUGGAACUUUGCUAUAAGCAACAUCAAGACUUAUUUGCCGAGUGAAAACAGUGAGAGGUUUUAGGUCUCAUCAGUAACAGAAUAAAGUCAACAAAUUAA